AUGAGCGGCUCCCGGCAGCGCCAGCCGGCGGGGCUCGACUCUCUGCCGUCCGACCUGCUCCAGCGCGUCGCCCAGCUAGGCUUCCUGUCCCAAGUCAGCCCCUUCUGGGACCGCGGUGACCUGCUGCAGCAGGCAGCCAGCCUCGCCUGCGUAGGAAACGCUUCCUUCUCGGAGUUGGCGCGCAUCCUGUUUGCCGGCCCGUCGCCGCGUCUGGGUGCCGAGAAGCCCAGAGGCGUGAGCAAGACGAGCCCCAUACCGGCGCUCAAGGCUGCUCUAGGUAAAAGCAUGAACACCAGCGGCGGCGCCACCUCAACCAAGCUCUUCCUUCUGUUUGAUGUGAAGCAGCUGGCGCGCAAGAUUCACGGCAGCUGGGAGCAGCUGGCCAAGCAGCGCUCGGACACCAAAGAGCUUUACGACAGGAACAGGGAGGUAUGGCAGCUUGUGUGGGCUUAAAGUCUGGUAAAGCAAGAACUAGCUUGCAACAUAGACUCCCCGCCGAAACGGGAUGGGAACCGGGCGAAAGCAGAGAAAGCAAUAAAUCAGGGGUGGAGCAAGGCGACAUGCAACGCAAGCAGCUGACAGGGCACGCAUCGAAACGUGUGUAUGACUGGCAAAGUGGCAUGGCGCAUUGGGGAGAAACGCAACGGUACGGGAGCAUGGGCUGGCCAAACGGCAGUGCGGAACGCUAGGUCACUAGAAAAGCAGGGAAAGGCGCACUAUGUAUGCAAUGAGGGCAGCCCCGGCUCGGGGCCGUUGAGAAAGCAGUGGGCGGGAGGGGGGAGGCCCCGGUGUGGGCGGGCCCCAUCGAGGGGGGAUGGGGCGCGCAAGCGGCCAGAUGGAGCAGGGCGCGGGCGGCAGUAGAGUCCUGCGGCUGGGUGGGAUAUAGGGCAAUGAGCGUUGAGCAGUGUGCGAUGAGCAAUGAGCAAUGAGCAGUGAGCAGCCCCUCCCUAAACAAAGUGAAGCGCAGAACGGGGUCCGGUGGAUGGGAGGCAAGGAAACGCGGGGGGUUGCCACGUGCGCUACCGCCGCCGCCGCAGGCAGCACCCCUGCGGCGGCGGCAGCGGCAGCAAGCCGUGGACCCAAACGCCGUGCCGCCGCCGCCGCAGGCAGCACCCCUGCGACGGCGGCGGCAGCAAGCCGUGGACCGAAACGCCGUGCCGCCGAGUCCCGUGGCUGUGGCCGUGGGCUUCUGGCAGGAAACUACGGCCGCAGCUCGGCAGCACGGGGGCGUCGCAGCGUGCUGCCGCCGACGCCGCGCUGCCCCCCGGGCACGGCGGCGGCGGCAGCAAGCUUGGGCCCAAACGCCGUGCCGCCGAGUCCCGUGGCUGCGACCGUAGACCGUGGGC